CAUCUUUAAAAUGGCUGCGUUGUAUCGUGUUAUAAACUAUUUAGGGAAAAAUAUAUUAUCGAUAGGACAAAAUAGGAAUAUAUCAUUGUCUGCAACGACGCGUCUCAAAGAAAUUAUCGAAAAGAAAGAAGGGAAUACUAUAAUUUUCGAAGCCGUGAUAAAAGAGGAUACAAAUGACGAACGAUUUUUAAAACCUAAAAACGGGGCAUGUCCUAUAUGUUCUUCUGGUCUUGAUAUUAAACAUACAGAUGUUCUUAUUUUAAAUCAGUUUGUCAGAUCCGAUGGUUACAUAUUACCACGUAGGAUUACAGGUCUUUGUAAUGUACAACAAAAAAGAAUUUCAUCAUUGAUCAUAAUGGCUCAGAGUGCAGGAUUAAUGCUGCGAGCAGAUCCCAAGGGUGGUCUACUUCAUCCCUUAAGAAGAAGAAAGUGGAAAAAAUUCAAUACCUACUUUGAUGAAUCUACCAUAAAAGCUAAAUAUAAGUAA